UUUUAUCUUCCGCCGGCAUUAUUGAGCUCGGAGAGUUGCGGUUUGACAGUGGAGAAAGAAUAGAGGUGAGAGCGAGAUCAGAACCAGAGUCAGAACAUGGCGGACUGGUAGUUGGUGGUGGUGAAUUAUGGCGCUAAAGGUACUUGGAAAAAUAAAGAAAGGACAACAAUUGGACAGAUACCAGCUCUAGCAGAUGAGCAUAAAGCUAGGAAGGUGAGCAACCCAAAGUUCUCAAUUCCCAUCUGCUGGAACAUAACUGAUCUUCUCUUUAAAUAACAUUAUGGCAAGGAUGGAUUCCUCUAGCUAGAUUUCAUAAAUUAGGAGAGGAAGGGAGUAAUCUAGCUCUAGCUUCAAUGGUACAAAGGACUGUCCUCAGGGUUGAUAUAUCAUGCCUAAAAUGCAAGAAGAAGAUUCUCAAGGCAGUUACUGGCCUAGAAGGUGUGGAUAAAAUUGAAGUUGAUGCAGCCAAGGGAACUUUGACAGUGACAGGAAAUGCAGACCCUUAUGACAUAAUAGUCCGGUGCAGAAAAGCCGGCAAGUUUGCCGAUGUAGUGACCAUCGGGCCUCCUCCGGCUCCACCUAAACCGAAAGAAGAUGAGAAAAAGAAGCCAGAGGAGAAGAAACCAGCAGACCAGAAGGUUCCACAAGGUCCCAAUUAUAUGUAUCAUCCCCACGUUAUAAUGUUGGAGCCCCCUUGUCAUGAUCCCAACCCAUCCUGCUCUAUCAUGUGACCAACCAUAUAGAUCGAGCGAUCAAACUCAAUCGAAGUAUAUAUUUUGAGAGUUCAUGAUCUGUUGUUAAGGUCUAUCUGUGAUCGAGAGAUGAAGUAUAAUGUUUGAGAAUAGACCUAAGAACCAUGUAAAAUAAGGAUCCUUAUUGUUCUGGUCAUGAUGUAAAAUAUGCACAUUCAUUCAAUUUAUUUGUACGUGUGGUUAGUACUUGUAAAAUGACACGGUCUGAAAAAUAAAACUGUUAACUAAGACUUGAUUUAUUCGGAAAAAAAAAGAAGGAAACUUAAUUAUGUAAUGUU